AUGGAGUCUCAGGAGUCGUUCGACCUCAAGUCGGAUGAUAGUUGUGAGACUUGUCUACUUGGAAAAAUGACAAAAUCACCCUUCACUGGUACUUGUGCAAGGGGUGAGGUUUUGUUGGACCUUAUACAUACUGAUGUAUGUGGACCAUUCAAAACCGCCACAAGGGAUGCUAAUCGCUAUUAUGUGACUUUCAUUGAUGAUUUUAGUAGAUAUGGUUAUGUCUACUUAAUCAAACAUAAGUCAGAAACUUUUGAAAGGUUUAAAGAGUUUAAACAGGAAGUAGAAAAUCAAUUGGGCAGGAACAUUAAGAUGCUUCGAUCCGAUCGAGGUGGUGAGUAUCUUAGUACUGAGUUCCUCGACUAUCUUAAGGAGUGUGGGAUUGUCUCACAAUUGACACCUCCCAGGACACCACAGCUGAAUGGUGUAGCUGAGAGGCGCAAUCGAACUUUGUUGGACAUGGUUUGCUCUAUGAUGAGUCGAGCUUCGCUACCAAUCUCUUUUUGGGGGUAUGCCUUAGAGACUGCCGCCCACAUCCUUAAUCUAGUCCCUACAAAGAAGGUUGCCAAAACACCUCAUGAGAUGUGGACUGGGAAAGUUCCCAAUUUGGACCACAUCAAGAUUUGGGGUUGCGAGGCUUUCGUGAGGCGCGAGACUCAUGACAAGCUCGAACCUCGAAGUGAAAGGUGUAUUUUCAUCGGCUACCCACAAAAAUACUUUGGUUACCUCUUCUACAGACCCAGAACCUCAGACACUAGCAAUCAACUUGAGGAGGAAAUUUCUGUUGAUCCAGCUGACGAGUCUAUACUUCCGAGGCGUUCCACAAGGGUUAGGAACACACCUGAGUUUUAUUAUGGAUUUCAUAUUACUACGGAAGGUGAUACAUUUAUCAGUGACAGUACACUGGUAAAUCUGGAUGAACCUAACAGUGUUAAGGAAGCCGUGGCAGGCCCAGAGUCUGCUAAAUGGAAGGAGGCAAUGGACAUCGAGAUACAGUCCAUGUAUGACAAUCAAGUUUGGAACUUGGUUGACAAUGUACCAGGCCGUAAGACAGUCGGGUGCAAAUGGAUCUUCAAGAAGAAGACCGACAUGGAUGGGAAGGUGCACACUUAUAAGGCUCGACUGGUUGCGAAGGGGUUUACUCAGACUCAUGGAAUUGAUUAUGAUGAAACCUUUUCACCAGUAGCAAAGAUUAAGUCUAUUAGGGUUAUGCUAUCCAUUGCUGCAUUUCAUGAUUAUGAAAUAUGGCAAAUGGAUGUCAAAACCGCUUUCCUUAACGGAAAGUUGGCUGAGGAUGUUUACAUGAAUCAGCCAGAAGGUUUUGUCAGUGCAGAGUACCCCAAUAAAGUGUGCAAGCUUGAGAAAUCCAUUUAUGGAUUGAAACAAGCAUCUCGAAGUUGGAAUCUUUGUUUCGAUGAGAACGUUAAAGAGUUUGGUUUCUCAAGAAGUGAAGAUGAGUCCUGCGUGUAUGUCAGAGCUAGUGGGAGUAUAGUUAGUUUUUUGGUACUGUAUGUGGAUGACAUACUACUCAUAGGAAAUGACAUCCCAACCUUGCAGGAGGUUAAGUCCUGGCUUGGGAAGUGCUUUGCUAUGAAGGACCUUGGAGAAGCUACCUAUAUCCUAGGGAUAAGGAUAUUAAGAGAAAGGAGUAAAAGACUAAUUGGACUUAGUCAGAGUAUCUACUUGGAUAAGGUGUUGAAAAGGUUCAACAUGCAGAAUUCCAAGAAAGGAGAAUUACCGAUCCAAAGCAAUGCCAAACUGAGCAAGGCUCAGAGCCCGAGUACAGAAGAUGAGAUAGCUGAGAUGAGUCGAUUACCUUAUGCUUCCGUUGUUGGUUCGAUCAUGUAUGCUAUGACUUGUACUCGUCCUGAUGUGGCCUUCGCUUUGAGCAUGGUCAGCAGAUAUCAGGGGAACCCUGGCAAGGCUCAUUGGACUGCGGUAAAGAAUAUUCUCAACUUUCAGACUGAUAGGGAUAACUUCCGCUCUCAGUCGGGCUGGGUCUUUACCUUAAAUGGAGGGGCAAUCACUUGGAAGAGUUCCAAACAGGAGACUGUAGCUGAUUCGACUUGUGAAUCAGAGUACAUAGCAGCGAGUGAAGCGGCAAAGGAGACGAUAUGGCUGAGGAACUUCAUCGGAGACCUUGGAGUUGUACCAGCUAUUAAGGAGCCUAUGGAGAUUUUCUGUGACAGCAAUAGUGCGGUUGCCUUAGCCAAGGAACCAAGAGAUCAUGGCAGAUCCCGACACAUUGACAGAAAAUAUCACUUCAUAAGACACAAGAUAGAAGAGGGACUCCUCGUGGCAAAGAGGGUAUCGUCAGAUGAGAACCCUGCGGAUCCCCUUACGAAGGGACUGACGAGGGUUAGCAUUUGCAGCAUGCGAGGCGCAUCGGGCUGA